AUGGAAAUACUCGAGAUCGACGCCGACUCCGGCCUCGUUGUUGGCUUGAACGGAACCGAGGCGUUCUUGUGGCGCCUACCACUUCACCAACAAACUUCAGUGGAUGUGCCCAUGAGGGGCUCUGUGGGGGAGGUUGAGGUUCCGACACUGCCGGACACUACUCGCGGUGGUGACGCCAAUGACGUUUUCGAAGGGCGUCGUUAUCAAUACCUGGGAAGCAUGCCAGACCUCCAUUCUUCUGAGGUUACCGCGAUUGGCGUGCGGGAGCCGCUACUCGCCACUGGGCUCGCCAACGGGCGAAUUUUUCUCUGGAGCCUCAAGCGGAUAGUCCUCGCCGUGUUCGACGCACACGACGCAUUCCCGAUCUUAACCCUCCGCCUCCUUCGGUCGCGGGGGGCUUCCCACCAAGGGGUCACGCCUCCGUCUUCGCCGGUAGCCCCUGACGUAGGCGAACUCAACCUUUGUACGGGGGUCGACGAAUCCUCUGAUGUCAUCAACAACGGGGGCGGCGGCAGUUCAGAAGACUGGUCCAUCAUGUCUGGCGGCGGCGACGGAACCGUCGUUCACCUGUCCGUUGUCGGCUUAGCCAGCGCGCGGGAGGCUGCGAGCGGGGUGGCCGAGGCUGGUGUGGAACUGCGCAUGAUUGGAGACUACGAGGUGCGGAACCAGACCAUAGGGGGAAGAGGUGCAUCACGAAAGACCCGAAGUGCGCAUUAUCCCUCCGGCAGCGCCACAAGCGGAGACCGCGUAGGAAACGGCCGAUUCGCGGCCAACAGAAGGCCGGGGGUUUCCCACAUCAUGGCCAUACGUUUGUCUGCCGGCGAAGAAGCGGGGGUUCUCGGCAGCGGGGUGUACUCAAGAGGUGCGGCUGCCGACACCACCGGGAGGGGAAUGUCUCCUUCCACAGGGAAAGGCGGCGAAAAUUUCCAAGCUCCCGCGAAAGGGAGCAGCUGGGCGGAAGUUAUUGCAUCCGCGAGAGGGAAAAGCGGUGGUGGUGGCAGCGGAAAGGAUUUUUGCGUUGCCGUAUCUGGAGGGCUAAUCUCAGUUCUGGAGGUGGUCGAGCCUCUGCAGCACGUCGGGUGGGUAGGGCGGGAGACAACCGCAGCCUUGACUUCAGGCGGUAGCGGCGGAAAAAAGAGAGAGGUUGCACGAAUCGCGAGGGUACCUUCGGUGUGGCGGUCGGCGAGGGAGGAGGACGUUGAUUGCGCGGCGGAUGAUUUAAUGGUCAUGUGCGACGACGGAUGGUUCGGAUGGUAUCAUGGCUAUCAUGGAAGGUUUGAGCUGGUCUCUAGGCUUACACUUACAGCACCUGGUAGCCGUCACUCCGCGGAAGCUACGGCAGCGGGCAGUGAUACCACGUGUUUCGCCGUCUGCCCCAUCCCGGUGGUUAGCCGGAACACUUCGGCGAACGACUCAGUCGUAUCCUGCAAAUAUUCCUUGUACGCCGGAGCCUCAGAGCCUGCCAGAAUAAUUGUGGGUUAUAGCGACGGGUCCAUUGCCUGCGCACCCUUGCCAGCCCCAAGUUCUUCCACGAACCACCCGCUCCCUACCUUCGGCACCGGAUCACGACACCACGAGGGAGCGAGGGGCGAGAGAACGGUGCGACGGUUGCGAAGGGCCGGCGGGGGAGGGGGAAGGGGGGACGGCGGUGGAGGUGCGGCUAUCGAGGCCGCGAUAACAGCACUGUGCCCGCUUUUAGCCCCGCUUGUUGUUGCCGGUGACUCGGACGGGAGGCUGGCUCUGUGGACGACCUCUUCCGCGUUACCCCCGGAUGGAAGGCAAGUCCCUCUCCUAUGGGAAGACCGAAACGCGCACAGAGGUGUGGUCAUCGCCAUCAAACGAGUCGAAGAAGCGACCCUCUCAACUCCAGCCGCCGGGUUGUCCUGCGACGGAAAUACGCACGCUGCCCGCCGCACCUCGCGACCGCGCGAACGGGUCGUGUCCGUCGGAAGCGGGGGCGAAAUACGGGUGUGGAACGUCCCCUCGCGCUGGCCUGGUGGAGCUGCAGCGGGGCGCGGAAGGGACACUGAAGGGGGGCUCGAGUUCUGCGCGACUUUGCUGACGAACUCUUCGAUAUGCUCGUUUUCGUGCGCGCUCUUACUCCCAUCGGGUGAUGCUUGCAUCGGCAAUGGCGGCGGCAUUAAUGGCUGCGGUGGAAAUGGGGGAUUCUGCCAAGUUCAUUGCGAGGAUCAAGAACGAAAAAAAUCUCAAGAACAGGGCACAAUGGGGGAGAAGAGGCGGUGCAGGCCCGGAGCAAGGCCGGGGGCGGGGCAAGCGGAAGCUACAGGGUGGCGAUUGUACUGCGUCGCCGGCUCGGACAACGGGUUUGUGCAGGCGUGGGAGCUGAGUCUGGAUGGGGAGGAGGGCGUCGGGGGGGAACCACUUUGGUCGCAGAAGACACAUGACGCGGCGGUCACUGAAAUGGAUGUGUGGGAACUGUAUCCUUCAGACCCGGACGACCCUAAAGCGAGAAAAACCACCGGUCUCAACAUCUCCAGCAGCACUACCACCAGCGUGUCGGAGAUACAUGCGAAGGGACCAAGAGCAGCGCUCGUCGUCAACCAGCAAAAGGAGAAGGAAAACCACGCCGGACUUGAAAGCAACGAGGCACCACCACGACCACCUCCGCACUGUCCAGCAGUUGGGAAAGGAGGACGACGCGGCGCGGCCAAACUGAUCGAAAAUUCCUCGACGGAGUGCUUGGUGCUUUCGGCGGCUUUGGAUCGCACAUUGUGCGUGUUUAGGGCCCGGCAUGGUCGAGGAUUGCACCUCUUGAGGAGACUCAACGUGCCUUGCUCUCUCAGGGGCCUUCCUGGAGCACUGUUCGUGGGUAUUCCCGUGGAACGCGCAAGUAAAGACGUCGCGGGAACGCAGCUUAAGCUGGGCGUCGAGUACAAGAUCGGAGGGAAGGGGCUAAAGCGGCCGUCGCAUGCGCGGUUCUCGGUGCGUCACGAUUCAGUUGGUGAUCCUUGUGCGCUCUCCGACGACACUACCACGCAAGGCACAGAGGCAGCAGGAGGUAGAGGCCAACCAUCUACGCCCGGUAGAAUUUCUACUUUUGCUACGGCGGAAGAGCAGUCGAUGCGGCCAGCGUCAACCGUACCCAGCGGGAGGAGCAUCCUCGACAAGGUCGCGAAAUGGAUUACCCCACCCACCGCCGACACUACCGCCUGGCCCAGAACAGCCGCAAGAACGGCGGGCGGAAACCGUCCGUUCCUAGAAGGUGCGCAUCCAUCGAUAUCCUCGUCGGGCCCGCACGACGUUUCUCGAUCGCGCUCUGCGGACUACGAAGGCGGCGGAAGAGGGUACCGGCAACACCUGGAAAAGCAGCAACAGAAGCACCUCGGCGCCCCGGCGGCAGCGGAUGAAGUCGAUAUGAUGGGACAUUGGGACUAUCCAAGCAGCGAGGGCUACGCCUCCGGUGCCACGGUGUCGGGAACACAUAUUCACCCCGCCAUUAAUGGGAGUGCAGCCCCCGUGUCCACAGCCUUUUCUGUGGCCGAUUCCUCCACCACCCUCGACAACAGUGGCAUGCUGAAAAACAAGAAGCUCAAGAAUGGAGGCGACCGCUACGGCUGUGAAAACGGCAAUGGCGAUGGCUUCGUCGUAACUCAGCAGGCGGUGAACUCUCUGGGUGUGUUUUCAACGGGUUCAACCAAAGAUGGGUUCGCGGGCAAUGCCGGGCGAUGGCAGCAGCGGCUAGGCAUUACCGUGGAAGGUGAUAGUAGCGGCCCGGGGGAGAACGGAGGCGAUGAAGGUGCUUCUCCCCAUGAAGCCACAACCGCGAGGGAACUGAUGGAGGACGCGGCGCUGCGAGAAGCAUAUGCAGCUAGAGGGCGGCAUAAGAAAUCCCCCGUUUUAGCACGCGAGGUGAAGGCUACACUGAAGGCAUGGUCACCUGGGGUUGUGGAGGCGUGUAGCCGAGCGGACUUCUCCGCGGCUAUGGGAAACCUGACCAGCCGCGAAACAGUGUCGUUUCAACGCGUCUGCGAGAUCGCGGCCGCCGUGCUAGAGGCCACUGGAGGGGUGAGUCCUAACGAAGUAGCUCGUGGAGACGACCAGACACCGAAGGUUACCGCCAGGAGGGCUGCUGGACAGGGGAUAGGCUGCACAAGCGUCGUCGCCUCUUCGACGAUUGCUUCUCGGCAAGGCAACAACGCCCGGAGAAGAGAUCACCAUCCUCUGCUAUCGGCGAAGCAGUGCGGCUCUGGAUCUCGCCCGGUCCGAUACCGGAACAUGGCUAAUUUCAAGACGAGAUUGCAGUACAAUAGCAUGGGAGAGCGGGUCGUCGUGCGCGUGGCGGUAGACGACAUCGACGCCUUUGCGGCUCGGUCCCGCCAGGGCUCCCACCUCGUGCAGGACCAGCAAGAGCAGCAGCAUCGACAGGGCUUUGAUGGCGGAGCCGGUGGUUGGGGUCCUCGGGCCGGUCAACCGGACGGUAAGGGCAACUCAACGGUUACUGACAACAACAACGAAGAUGCCAACGAUACUAGCAGCAGCAACGGCCUGGGCAACAGCGACAGGAAGGUCGUGGACUACAUCUAUUCCGAGGACGACCUUGAUUCCGUAGCCCGGCCUUCCCGGGCAACGGCCGCGAACCUCGGCUGCGUGCCCGCCGGCCUCAGGGGCGUCUGGAGCAGGCAGGGCUCGUGCAUGUUCGCUUCCUGGUCCGCCUCCCACCACGCGGAACGACGCGCAGACCAACUCCCUGCGGCGGGAACGGACGGCACCGCUGAGGUGAUGGGGGAGGGAGAAUGUGUCCGCCUGGUGCGCGAGGUCUUGGACGGUAGGGCAGCGGCAAGGGAGGCCUCUCUCAUGGCUUGCAGACGCCUGGGCAGGUGCGCUCCGGAUUCCCACACGAUCGUCGUCGGUGACGGCAUCUACAGCGACAGCAUUCGCGGAGAAAAGUGCGGUGCAACCGCCUGCUUCGACCAAGAGGAAGACGGAUCAUGCUGUCCUGCGUCGAGGGUUGAAACCCUCGGCGUUGCCCUGUACAGAGACUUUCGGAGGCGCUACGGGUUGCAGCGCGCCGCGGAGGAGAGGGUGGCGGGGCUGCUGGGGGCAGUCCUCGAGCACGGUCAGGCGUCGCCGGUGCUUCGCCUCUUCGCCAGGAUGGUAGGAGCGCCGGCGGGCGCAAGCGGGAAACGAGGUCGCUGGCCAUCGCAGACCCCAUCGGAAGACGCUAAUCUUGGACUGGAACCCCAGCUCGUGAACUUGGUCACAGCGGCUAGAAAUUGGCUCAUCACGAGGGGGUUCAUGACUGCGGACGGCCCGUGGGCCGGGGUCGGUGAGAACGGGAAAACAAUGAGGGAUAGCGGUUUCGGAAUCGGCUGGAGAACGACCAUUGUCGCUCGCACGCACGCUGCCAUGUGCGCGUCGGCUCUGCUAACGCCCGGUUGGGGAGCCGGGCACCAGAUCAUGGGAGCGGCCGAACAGAAAUUCGCUAGUGCAACCAACGACGGGCUGUUCGGGCGGAGAGCCGUGGCAGGACACCCGUUUCUGCUCGCCAAAGCCCGGGACAUCAACUCUGGGGCCUCAGCAGCGGCGACAGAACACGAAAACCACGCCGCUCAGGUUGGAAGAAAAACCGCCACGGAGCGAAGCCUAGAGUCCCUUCUCGACACAGUCUCGAAGACCCCACCCUCGUCUCUCGCCGCUCCAGCUUCUAGAGAGUAUUUUCGAACGAACAUUGCUUGUUCGGGCGACAACAGCGGCAGAGACAUCAAAGGGGUUGACAGCGGGCACCAGGCCGGCGAUGCCCCCGCAGGGGGUGAACCUGUUGUUCCCUACCAAAACAACGAUGACGACAACGAAGACAACAGCAGCAGCAACAACAACAACAGCAGCAAGAACGGCCCCGCUGGUAACAACAACCUACCCGAUACGGAAGAACAAGUUAGCGGUGGGGCGAGGGGGACAAGCACGAGUUCCCACUAUCUUUCGGACAAAGUGUUAAGUCUUCUGCAACCUCUCUCCCCGUACUACGCCUAA